CUAUUCUGCUCUGAAUCAGCACACAGUCACUCAUCGCCACAACCUCAUCCAUUUACUUCUUUUUCUGCCCUGAUACUCACUGAAAAAUAAUUGAAGCUUGAUCGAAAAUUCACUCUCCCCCAACUAUCUCGGUACCAUUCUCCUCAACUCAGAGACAUGCCCCCUACGGGUUACUGGACAGCUAAAGGCCGAGCCUUACGACGAUGGGCCUCAUCACCCCGAGGGAUCUUCAUCAUACUCUUCUAGUUGCAUUCCCUCGCUUGGUUAGGAGUUUACAUCUGGUUACUUGGCUACCCACCCCAAUCAAUGUGCCACCCCACCUGCGACGCCGACAACACCCCCCGCCAGAAGUGGGUCGAGAUUGCCACCCAGGUCCUGUACGCUCACAACUAUCUCCCGGGCCUCGCGGUUGCAUUCUGUAGAUCUCCGGACAUGUACCUGUGGGGCCGCUGGCGACUGGGCGGCUCGCUCCGCACGCGCCAGAAAGCGUUCACCACUCUCGCCUCGAUCCACGAUUUCUGGUUCAGGCUCGAUGACCAAGCCUCCUCCGUUGCCAGCGAUUCGGUGGAUGUGGAUGAGGAGAAGCAACAGCAGCAGCAGCAGCAUCAGCAGGUGGAGAAGGAAGGAGAAGCACUGGUACUAAGGGCAUCACCGACUCCGAUGUAUAAGCUGGAUCUGGUGGUCUGGAGCUAUAUUCUCGGUUCCGUCUUGAAUGUGGGCCUCGCGGUCUGCAUGUGGGCGCUGAAUCGAUCGACCCGACCCUACUGGCUCCCAGGUUGUUUGGCACUUCCCGCGAGCGUCGUGAUAACAACUGGGGGGGUGAUUAUUCGGUUAGAGCAGAGGCGCGCGCGUGUUCAUGCUUCAAGUCAUCGCAACACCAGCACUGAUGCUGAAAGCAUAGACAGUGAAACGACAUAUGUUGAACGCACGGACAGUGAAUGGACAGAUGUUGAAAGCACAGACGGUAAAAGUAUCAAUGCUAAGACAAGAGGUAAGGAACAGGUGCGGGCCCCGCGGAAAGACCCGCGGGGGGAUGUAGUCCUAGUGUUGGUUAAGUUAUAGACUGGUACUACCUUAUUAUGGAUUGACCGGUGGCAGAUCCCCUUAGGCCUCCCCUUGGCUGAGCUCACUUGCUGCAUGCGUUAGCUUCUGGUUAUUCUCUCUUAAAUAGCUU